CAUAUUUGCUUUGAGAUCUGCUUUUUGUUUGAAAAAUCAAACCUUAUAUAGCAAAAUGAUUGCCUUUGUAAACAGCGAUCCAGCCAGCAGAGACAGGACCCUUGGCCGGAGUCACACUAUUUGCCGGUACUACAUCCGGGGCAUUUGUCGCUUCGGGGAGCUUUGUCGCUUCUCCCACGACCUGGGUGAUGCUGGCCAUCCAGAGAUUGGCGAGGUUGUACCGGCAGAAAGCCCACGGCCCAGCACUACCAGCAGAAGCAGUCACAGCAUUGACCAGCCCCAAAACUGGGUGAAUGCACAAGUGUUUGUGCCCAGCCAGGAACCCCAGGCGAAAACGGAAACGAACAUUGACAUAGACAUGAAGGCACCUUCAGAGUUAGAGUUUCAACCCAUCGCUUCCUGGGCCGAACUUUUAGGACAAUACCCAACUCUCAUCGAACCCGCUUCCGUGGACGAAGUGUGUCCGUAUGGGAUAACUCCAUGCCUAUGGAAAGAGCAUUGCCCGUAUCGUAUCCACAUGGAAUUGUGUGAAAUGUGCCAGCAAUAUUGCAUGCAUCCCACGGAUCAGGAUCAGCGUAAGGUGCACAUACGCGAGUGCCUCGAGGAGCACGAGGAGGCGAUGGAGCUCUCCUUUGCCGUUGCCAGAUCCCAGGACAAGACAUGCGGCAUAUGCUUCGAUACGAUCAUGGAAAAAACUGGUCGCGAGAAGCGCUUUGGUAUCCUGCCCAAUUGCAUUCACAUCUUUUGCCUGGAGUGCAUUCGCACAUGGCGUCAGACAAAAUUUGAUCAUAAAAUAACCCGAGCCUGUCCCGAAUGCCGCGUCUCCUCGGACUUUGUCUGUCCGAGUGUAUUUUGGGUGGAGACCAAGGAGGAUAAGGAGAAACUGCUGAAUAAUUAUCGCCAUGUCUUGGGCACCAAGGAUUGCAAAUAUUUUAAAAAUGGCGAGGGCAAGUGUCCCUUUGGUAACAAAUGUUUCUACAAGCAUGCCCUAACCAAUGGAUAGCUUAUCGAUGUGGGAUUGCCGAAGCAAAGCAGGCGGGAUGAUCAAUCGCUGGAGACGUUUUCAAGUGAUUCAAACUCCGAGAUGUGGGAUACCGACUACUGAUCGUGACUACUGCCUUAAACGAUAUAUAAUAUAUAUAUAUAUAAUAAUGAUGCUGAAAAAAACGAAAUUAAACAAGAAAAACGUUGUAUUUGGUUACCAAAUUUCAGUUUGCAUAAAUAUUUAUUCUCCGCCAAAAUGCAAUGGAAUUGCAUUGUAUUAAAUUCAAUUAAAAUGAUAUAUAUUUUAUACCAUUGACAAGUGGUUCAACUUAAAGAUCCCAGAGAAACGUUAUAAUGCAUCAUAAUUAAAUAA